CACUUCCGGCAUUCCCCACUGGAAUCCCCGAUGGAUGAAGAGUGCACUCAAAAGCGGUCGUUCUCUCCAGUAUUCUCUAUUUAAGUAUAAAGUGGAAGCGUCCGAAGAAUGCAAAAUCAAGGAGGAACCUUAAGUGUGCAUAAAUACGCAGUUUAGUAUCGAACAAAUCGAUCUAAUCAUUCGACUGGAGACUAUACACAGACGUUUGAGGGGUCGGUUUUGUCACGCGCGACACUGUCACACUGUUUUGACACAGUGACAUAAUGUUGCCAGUAGCACGAAAACGGAAUGCAAAUUUCACACCCGCCGAAUUCGACACCCUAGUUGACAAUGUCGAAAAAUAUCAGGAUGUUAUUCAUUCAAAAAUCUCAGACGUUGUUACAAAAGCUAAAAAAGAUGUUGUAUGGAGAGCAAUCACUGACCAGGUCAACGCGGCCUCACGAUUUUCCUGUCAGCGCAGUGUGAAGGAAAUAAAAAAGAAGUGGAAUGACAGCAAGUGCAAGGCAAAGAAACGGGCUGCUUUGGCUAAAACAAACCCUGCAAUAGCACCUAGGCUUAGCAGCUCAGAACAGAAGAUUAUCAGCAUAAUCAAUAGUAUGGCUGCUAACGGCAUUGAUGAAGGCAUCGACACUGGUGAUGCAAUUAAUACUUUACCUGCCACCUCCACAUCUCCAGUCUUGAACAUUCCAGAGGAUGAUUCCGCAUACACAACAGUGUACGUGGAUGAUGUGGGGGAAGACGAACCCUCUAAAUUUAACAGCUUCACUGGAACAAUUCCCACACUUUACAAUUCUUUUAAUGACAAGAUCAUGAUGGAGAAGCUUAUCACCAUUAAAAAAGCUCGACUCGAAGUGGAAAGAGAACGCUUAGAAGUGGAAAAGGCCAGGCUUGAGGUCGAACAGAGGCGACUCAAGUUGGAAGAGAAACGUCUUACACUGAAAGAAAAAAGGCUAUGUUUAUACCUGUGAAAGAUUUCAGAAACCAAAAUGAACUGCACAUUUAUUUGUCUGCUGUUUGUUGUUUUUUGUUUCUUCAUCCUAAGCUUUCCUGUAAGUUAAUAUGUUCUCAACUUUAGUCACUGCAGUUCUACAAUAUCAUAUUAUAAAUGUACAUGUAUUCAUGUUUGAGGUCAUGGCAUCAGGGCCUCAAAAUGGCAUCAGAUUCCUGCUGUCCAGCAUUUGCCAAGUCCCCAUUGUACUACAAAAUGACGUCACUUGAUAGAACUCCUCCAAAAUUAACAUAAAGCACUGAGGACCAAUUUUUGUUUUCUUGAAAGCCAUCACAAACAUUCACCAAUAUCAUUUUAUAUACAUGUAUGACUUUGCUUCUAUUUGUAGUUGAAUAGUCAUAUUAACAGCUGAAUAUUUAAAACAGAUUGUAACCACAAUACUUGUACAUGGUGUCAUGCAUUAUAUUGAGGUGAAGUUGAAAUGUCCCUUUUUUCACUAGUGGGGAUUUAACUCUAUUCUGUACUUUUAUAUUGUAAGGUGAUCCAUUUUUCAGGUUAUAAUAGAUGUCAGAACACCAGUUUUCCAUGCUGGUAAAACCAUACUUUUUCCUCAGGGAACAACUCAGACAAACAGCAAUAUCGACAGUUACACAGAUGUAUGAAUAUUGUUAGUACAAGAUGUAUUAUUUAUUAUAAUUUAUUAAGUUUUUCUACCAAAAGUUUAUCUUUUUGGGGUGGGGGUCUUUUUUGUUCAUGAUGUUAUUCGCUUUGACAUUUGUUAGAUCCUGCAUAUCAGUAUUUAAUUUUUUUUUUCGUAAAUGUGACAUACAAAAUAGCAGUUAUAUGGCUUAUUUUUCAGCAGAAUCAUCCAACUUAGGAUGAAGAAAGUUUAUUGUCAGUGCUAUCAAUACUGCUAUGAUAUUAUGUCACACACUUCAACUGUCUUACCGAUUUGCCUUGGGGAAUACCCACCUGACCAAGCUUGGGGAGCACCCAGUAAAGGCAACUUGCAGAAUGGAUGCAUUUUUCUGUUAAAUAAGUUUCAGCAUUGUAGAGGAUGUGUUAAUACACCAAAUGAAACCAAAUGUGACAGACCAAUUUAAGUGAUGGGUUUACCUUGAUAUGGUAAAGAUGACAAGUGCGUUAUGUGCCUAUAUUUCACAGUAUCUGACCAUGUACAGAGAACAAUACAAGAAACUAACACGAAAGUCUGUCUAGUUCAUUCUGUUCACAACAGACAGUCGUUCAUUAUUAAU